AUGCGCGAGAAGAAGGAUGAAAAGCAAGCAGCGGCUCUUCCAGUGUACGAGUUACAUCCUCCUGGGUGGUUGCCCAAGAUUCAUGGAGAAGCGGACCUAGGAUACCCUGGGUUUCAUCCCCCUCGACCGGGCCAAGAUGAGGAUGUCUUGUCGGAAACUAACAUCAAGAAUGGCUUCAUCCUCAGCCAGCCGGUUUCUGUGGAAACGUUCAGUGCUCAAACCAUGAUUAAUGAGAAACUACACUCUUAUGAAACACUUUCGAAACUCGAGGAACUUAUGAACGAGGUGUUUAUUAGGCGCGCCGAUCGCAUCCUUCCCAUUCCGGCAUCUACAUUUCGCAUUCCAACGAGGGUAACUUUGAACGACGUCAAGCGAAAUGCCUGGUUUGCCGAUCUCGCAAACCCUAAUGUGCCUCUCUCGAAGCUGGGCAAGAGUGUUCCUCAUGGGGCCAAAGGGCAUGAUCUGUUAGAUAUGCUGCAGACAAACAAGGUUGCCAUUCAAAGAGCUGUGUGGUUUGUUCGUGUUUUCGGAGCGAAUGAGACUGCUGCUUUUCGGAAUAAAGCCGGGUAUUUGCCUACGCAGUACAGCGUUGACUGGGCCGGGUUGGUCACGUCAUACAUGAAGAAGCAACUGCUCGAGAUCGCCCUUCCCAGCGCCCCACGUCCUGGGCUGAACAUCAAACAAACCUUCAAGGGAGUGCUGGCAGACUCAGACACCCGUGAAAAAUGGAUCGGCCGCUUCUCAUAUACAUUAAAACUUCUGCGCGCUUUCUACGAAGAAGACCUUGUCGACCACAGGUUUUUCUUGACAUGGCUAGUUCAGCAAAUGGUGACUUGCAAUCUCGCGCAAGCCGGCUUUCUUACUCGCUUGCUCGACGAAUUUCUCGAUGAUGUUGUCACAAGCAGAGCGUUAUCCAAGCCCCUUGUCGAAGCGUGUCUUGGAAAAUUAUCUGAGAUCCGAACGUCCUCAGCACACGAGUUCCUGAAGGAGACGGAGGAGCUAUUGCAGGUCCUAAUACAGCGACUCUGUCUUACCAUUCCAAAUGCCUUCAUAAGCCCUAAAAUGUGGAACGCGUACUGGUCGCUCAUUGAAGAAGUGUUACUAGAUAGUUCGAUUAAGCACACGAACGAUCGCUGCAUUAGCCAGAACGUGCAAGAGCUUAGAUACAUUCUGUCCGAAAGUCUCCAUGAUCUGAGGACUAGGAAUGAGGCAAUAUCAUUUCGUGGGCCUAUUGCUCAUGUCUCCGCUCGUUUGAGCACUGCGGUCUCGGAUGUCAAGCUCCUGAACUCAAUAUCAAGUGAUACUGACAUGGGGUCUAUCAAUUACUUUAGUCAAGAUACCAACGACUUUUUGAGCUUCAAGGAAAAACUCGAUAUGCUUCUGUCCUGGAGCGUAACACCUUUUCAAUAUGGUGACCAUCGUCCUUUCGCUGCAGUCACAUUGAUCCGCCUUUGGAGGGAUAGAGCCUGUGACAGGGCGAGUCGACGAGACGUGGCUACCCCCAGUGAAUUUCUGCAGGACCAACUUUUCGACUGGCUGGACACGUCUGAAGUGGGCGGUGAAGCAGGAAAUAUUCGAGAUGUCGCUCUUCUGUAUGGAAAGCUCGUUAAACACGAAGUGUUCUCUUACGCUAGCUACAUUCAACGUCUCAUUGCUCGAGGUGAACAGGGACUCUCGUUCAAGGAGACACCAGGGUCCCGCCACCGAUUUUUCCUUACCUGGAUUCCACUGUUCAAUGCUACUUCGUCUUUGGCCAAUCAACGGAAAGUGACGCUAUAUGGUGCCAGGGCACGCGAGAUACCGGAAGAUGAGACAGAACGAAAGAUUCGCAGCGAAGUCAGAGCAGUGAUGCCUGAUCUUUUUGAAGUACCUUCGCAGGCUACCUGGACUUCGACCUCGACUCUUCUUGAGCAAUGCAAAACCUUGAUAAUGGCGACACGUUUUGAACAAGUACGCACUUUCCGGCAAUGGUUACUUCCUUUCUUUAAGCAACGCAUCACGAAAAGACCUAAGGUCGAUCAAACCGUUUUGUUCAAAUCAUACCUCGUUGCCACCGAGCUAAUGGCGUCUGCCAAAUGCUUUCAUUCCGUUCUUGACCUCACUCUCUAUAUGCUCGAACAUGCCACGGAUGCUGAAACCAUGAACGGCUUAAUCGGCACCUUUUACCGAUACGCUGCCAUCUGGACUUGUAUGGACACUGUGCCGACAAUCGUCAAGGCUCUGGACGUUGCACACCAACUGUGGAAAUCUCGUGGUAUACCGUCCCGUCCGCUGCUGGCGUUGCUGAUGAGAUUUGACAACGGGCGCCAUCUCAGCCAAGCAUCGCGCGACCGUAUUGUAACGGAUGUUACUGCGUUCACGCAGGCUCUGCAACCACUUGUUGAUCAUCCAGAUAGUGCCCCCGAUGUACUGCCAGAGAUAUUGCUGUUGUCUGGAGACCCAGACCCCAAUGCACCUACUAUUCUGGCAAAUGGAUUAUGGAUCAAAUAUCGUACGUCUCUCGACUGGGCUUGGAAAGUCUGGGACAACACGGUUGCAAGUCUCCGUCAAAUCCCGAGCAUGUCGUCCGACUUGGAGGCUCGUCGAGCAUGUGCACUCCGUUACGGGAACUUCCUCUGGCGAGUCGACCAGCAUCUUCCGGAUGGGCUAGAUAGUGACGUGUUGCAAUGGUUUUUGGGACCUGGUAGAGCGGAGGUCGCUGCGCUCAGUUCGGAUGCAUGGGAUGUAUUGAAGGCAGUGCUUCUAUACCUCGCUGUCUCUGGUGCGUUGAGGACAACAACUAUCCUGGAGGGACUGGUGUACCCUGCGUGGCAGCUGGCUGCAAAUGGCUCGGGUCAACCUCUGAUCUCAGAGACGUAUCUCUCGGCUGCCAACAGCCUCUGUUUCCAUCUCCUUCUUCAAGAAGACGGAAGUGGAGAUUCAAUGCCCCCUACCAACUUAUUUGAAGUUCAAUGCAUCCGAACGAGAAGGCAGGCUGUGUAUGAUGAGCCACACUUCUCUUUCCUCGCUUCAAACAUUCCGGCAUUAAUUUGUCUGGAGAGCAAUCAAGAGAUUCCUGAAGCUCUUCGAGCCGAGUCGACUACCCUCCGUUGUCAACUUUGCCAACAAUCUGGCUUCCGGCAAGGGGCAUAUAGGAACCUGGACAUCAUCCGUGAGGCCUUCGAAAACUCCCCGUACUUGGUGGAUCAGGAUCCAAGCACCGAGAAUCUGAGCAAGCGAGCGAUCGCCGGCUUGAAUAUGAUACUAUGCGACUCAACUGAUGACACCAACAUCUACGACUGGCCUGAAGUAACUUGCCUACUCAGUCCAUGGAAGAUAGCAGCAACAACUAUUCAAAUGCAGUUACAAGUCAAACAACUCGGGCGUGCUCUUAGCCACGAGUCGACAUCUGAAGCUGCUGCCGCCAAUCUCAACAAGCUGACCACUAUGCUCUUCCACAAUACGAAAACAGCCGAUGAAGCUUACUACGUUGGUGAAAUGGCGCGAGGGGCAGACGCGACAGUUGUGACCAAGUUCAUCAAUAACGGCUUCAAGUCCAUGAUUGAACGGUUUUCGGAUUCAUCGUCAAACGAAGAAUGUCUCCGACGAGUCGGCGAUCUAUUGCGAGUUCUAAUUCAUGUUUCGCAACCACUUCGAGAAACUCCCAACAGCAUUCCAACAGUGGAAACCACUAUCCAUGAAAGCUUUCUGGAGGCUGUCGACAAAGGUUUCCAGGCGUUAGAUAAGGCUGUUACCGACUCCGAUAUACCACCUGAAUGCAGAGAUAAUCUCGUUCUUCUUUGUCGCCUUCUACAAUUCAUCCUCAGCUUCAAAUUUACGUUGACCGUCCACUCCCGAACCCUUUGCACCAACAUAUCCACUAUCAUCUUCCGCCUUGUCUUGAGGUCCGCCAGCGAAGACCACCUCAACCUCGAUUUAUACCCCAUACUCAUUGAUACCCUAUUCAUCACGUUGGACGAAAUUCAUGACCCAAAGCAGAACCCGGAACCUCACGAUACUAAGCACACUCCAUUUCGAUACUAUCCUUCAAUGCUCAUCACCGACCUUCCUCCACACUUACCCUUUGAGUACCGAAAACAAAUCACUACUUUACUCGCGCAGCUUCCGUUUGAUUCCGUUACAACAAGUCUGGUGAAUACCCACCAUGAUUCGCAAGGCAACAUCGUCUACGGACAACCGGUAAUCAACAAGCCAUGGGAAUGGAUCGAAAACCUGGGCGAGCCCUCUGUGACCGACCCCAGAGACGAAGAACGCGAGCGGGAGGAAAAGGAGCGCCUGAAAACCAGAUAUCUCGUGAAGAAUUCAGGCUCCAUUUCUCUCGACAACUUCGCAGCUCGACUGACUGGAGAUGGAGUUCGGCAAGAGAUGUCUUCUGAGGAGGGCUCCCGUCUGGAAGCCUGCAUACAUUCCUUCGAAGAUGGACUGUCGGAAAGCGUCUUCUCGCGAGAUUUCCGAGAAACACGGGGUGAUUGGGACAGAGAGCUUUCCCCGGACACUCUUAGUCGCAUUAGGGGAGAGUUAGACCCUGAGGCGCUGGCAGUUCAUGAGGUAUCAAGCAAAGGACAAGGCAUGAGGACGUCACCUGCUUCCUCUGUCAUCUCCCGUUCUUCUGCAUCAUCUGGCCGACGACAGCAACAGCAUCGUAGUCCCAGCCAGACUCGAGCAAGUACUUCGACGGCCCACGAUGUCAUUGACGUCGAUAGCAUCCCCACUAAUUCUUCGACGAGAGGCACCACAAAGCGGAAAGCGGCGGCAGUGAGCGACGAUGAAGUUGAAAUUGUCGAGGGACCCGUUCGUGCCACCGGAAGUUCCAAGAGACAGAAGGCCAGCAAAGCCCCUACUGCGAAUAAGACGAAAGCACGGAAAAAGUAG